AUGGCAAGCUUCUCACAAUUGACCCGGCAGCUGGGCUGCUUGAGGUUAUCGGCAAAGCCUCAGCAAUCUGCUUUUCAGGUCCGAACAAUCUCUACGACAUACACUCCGAAGCCAGCGGCAGUGCCUUUCCCUGCAAAGCUGCCGAAGCAAUUCCUCAACCAAAUACCCGUUCGAUACCACCCACACGCGCCUAAGAAGAUCAAGGUCCAUCCACCUCCUCCAUCGGCUCGCGACGCGUGCAAGGAUCCUAUUGCGGCAGUGAGGGAGUCUCAGUUGGCAGUUCUUGAUCCGACGGGCGAACGCAAAGCGCUUUUCGACUACCGAAGGAGCCGUCGAAGUGUGAAAGUCGGCGAUAUCGUGCGAGUGACGUUCAAGAACGGCGAUCCAUUCUCUGGUGUUUGCUUGAGUAUUAAACUCCAGGGGGUCGACACCUCGUGUCUGCUGCGGAAUGAGCUCACGAGGGUUGGUGUUGAAAUGUCGGUCAAGGUGUUCAGUCCGAAUGUCGAGAGUGUCGAGAUCGUCCAGAGGGCAGAGAAGAGGAAGAGGAGAGCGAGGUUGUACUACAUGAGACAACCCAGGCACGAUAUGCGCAGCGUCGAGAACAUCGUUUCGAACUACCUCCGCCAGAAGUCCGCGGUCACAGGACAGAGAACCUCCUACGGAAAGAGGCGGUGA